AUGUCUAGAUUUGGAACUAGAGUGUUUAGAGGGGUUAAAGAACAAGAAGCUUAUGAUAAGACAUUAGCAGGAAAAUAUUCAAAAUUAGUCAAAAAGAAUCAUUUUCUAUAUUUAGGUUUACCAUUUUUAAUAUCAAUAGUUGCCGGUUCAAUCUAUCUACAAAAAUUUACCUCCAUAAAAUGGGAGCAAUAUGAUGAGAAAUAUAGACAAUUAGGAGAAGAAGAAAUGUUGGAUAUGAUCGAAAAUAAAAGAACAGUUGAUAAAAAAAAUGAUUAUUAUAGAUUACAAGGGUUAUUGACAGACCAUGUGGAAAAAGAAGUUGAACAUGAUUAUGAAAUGAAAAGAAUCCAAAGAAAGAAGGAAGAUGAACCAGUUUGGUGGAGAUCGGGAUGA